AUGCGGACAUCUCCAAAUGUGAUAAUAACAGGCACGCCCGGCGUAGGAAAAACCGUCCAUUGCGAACAAUUGGCCGAGGAGACAGGUCUGCGGCAUCUUUCAAUCAACCAUGUCGCAAAAGAGCGAGACUGCUACGAGACAUAUGACCACGAAUUACAGACCUGGGUUGUGGACGAGGACAAACUCCUGGACGCUAUCGAGGACCAAGUACUUCAAGGUGGCUAUCUAAUUGACUGGCAUGCAUGCGAUCUAUUCCCCAAGUCAUGGAUUGAUUUGGUCGUUGUAUUACGCUGCCCAUCUACUGCUGUUCAUUAUGAUCGUCUCGCAUCAAGGGGAUACAAUGAGACAAAGCUGCAGGAAAAUUUAGAUGCCGAAAUAUUUGGUGUUUUGCUUGACGAAGCUCGAGAAGCCUUCGACGAGGAAUUAGUGGUUGAAUUGAAUAGUGAGAGGGAUGAUGAUGUAGAGUCCAAUUGCGCAAGGAUUUCUAGCUGGGUACAAUCUUGGAAAAAUGACCGAGCCUGA